GAAUUGUGGCUUGUGGCCUGCUCCAGAGUGGCGUACCCUCCUCCACAAUUGACGACGUGCAGGCGGUCUGCAGAUCACCAAGCUUGCCAUUGCAACAAUGAUAAGAAUGAUAGCCUCUUGCCCAUGACACCCAAACAUCAUUGACCAAGCCAGCCGCCCAUUUCUUUUACCAUCUCAUCGAAGCCAAUUCCGAAUUCCCCCCACCCACGCGCCCAACCCCUCCAAAACCCACAAUGGCAGAUGUUCGAUCGCUCCUCCGGCAACAGCGCGCCGCCCGCAGGAUAGAGCACCCGCACGCCGCCUACUCCGACGCGGGGAAGCUCCUCUGCACCGUCUGCCACGAACAUGUCAAGACCGAAUCGCUCUGGGACGGCCACGUCCGCGGCGCGGGCCACCAGCAGCGUCUGCAGAGCCGGCAAGCCGACGAGGCAGGCAAGGCCAACGGCGCGGGCGCAGCGACGCAGUCGUCGCACAAGAGGAAGCUCGACGUCGACGGUGGCGACGGCGACGGCGACCAAAACAUGGGCGACGCGGUGGAGGAGGAAUCGGUCCGCAAGAAGCGGAGCAGGCCGGACAUGACCUCCUCGGACGCCGCCGGCGCGAAGGACCCGAGCACGCCCGCGCCGCCGCUCCUCCGUAGGGCGUCCGGCGCCCCGGUCCAGGGCGUGGAGAUACAGAUCCCGUCCCGGCCUGCCACGCCCGUCGCCACCAGGGACGGCAGCAUCGGCAGCGGCACCGCGACGUCGGUCGCGUCGACACCCAAGUUCGCCCCCUCGGGCCGGUCGCCGCUCAUACCGCAGGAUCCGACGAACACCGCCACCACCACGGCUACCGUACCCCCCUCCUCAGCAUCCACCCAGAAGCAGCAGCAGCAACGGCAGCCCACCACCACCGUCGACGAAGACGAAUGGGCCGCCUUCGAGGCCGAGAUGGUCGCGCCCGCGCCCGCACCCGACGCCGUGAUAUCUGCGCCGGCGAUGACAGCCGCGGAGGCCGCCGCCAAGGAGGAGCAGGAGCGGCGGCGCGCGCAGGAGGAGGAUGGCGCGGAGCUGGACGACGAGCGCGAGGAGGCGGCGCGAGCGCUAGAGGCCGAGUUCGAGGAGAUGGAGGAGCUCGAAGGACGCGUGCGGAGGCUCAAGGAGAGGCGCGAGGCGCUGAGGCAGAGGGGCGGGCCGGCGCCGGCGCCGGCUGCUGGUGUCGCGGCGGUUGUGGGUGCCGGCGGUGGGAAGGGGCUGGCGGAUGGGAAGGAGAAUGCUAAUGGGGGGGUUGUGGGGGGUGAGGAGGAGAGUGAGGACGAUGAGGACGAUGAGGACGAUUGGGCUGGUUUUAGGUUCCGAGCCUGA